AUGUCAGGAUCAGAAACCAAGACAGAGGUCCUCAUGAUAGCUGAUGCAGCGAUGGAAGAGCUACCAGCAGAGAGAGGCAGGAGUACUACAAACAAGAACAAGAAAUUUGACCAGUAUGUUCAGCCCUGCCUGGUUGAGCUGCUUGGGACGACCCUGUUUGUAUUUGUGGGGUGUGCGUCUGUCAUUGGAAAUGUAGGAGCUGGUGCCAUCCAGCCUGCUGUGGCUCAUGGACUGGCACUGGGUGUACUGAUUAUGGUGUUCGGGCCAAUUAGUGGGGGGCACUUCAACCCUGUGGUGUCUCUGAGCAUCUACCUGUGUGGAGGAAUGGAGCUGUGUCUGCUGGUGCCCUAUGUCCUGGCCCAGAUGUUCGGAGGGAUGACUGGUGCAGCUUUGGCCAAGUGUAUGUACCCAUCUACACUGUAUACUACUACCCUUGGAGGAGCCUUUAAUGCUGCAGCAGUCACCGGCGAUCUGGGAAAAGCCACCCUGGCAGAGGUGAUGAUGACCCUGAUCCUUACCAUGGUGGUGUGCAUGGGGGCCGUCAACGGUCGAACAUGCUCGCAGUGGGCUCCUUUAUGCAUUGGCCUCACUGUGACAGCCAACAUAUUUGCUGGAGGGGUGGUGUCUGGAGCCUGUAUGAACCCUGCUCGAGCCUUCGGACCUGCAGUGGCAGCAAACCACUGGAACCUUCACUGGAUCUACUGGGUUGGACCCACUUGUGGUGCACUGCUCACUGUCAGCCUCAUCAGAUUGUUGUUUGGUGAUCAGAAAACUCGAGUUGUGCUGAAGUGA